ACACACACACACUAUACCAGAUGGGUGUUUAUAGGGAUGUGCAAAUGCAAGGUUAAAAUAUGGGGUUUUAUCACUCUCAUUGUUCUUAGUCCUGUUGGAGUCACGUUUAAAACCUUAUUUUGUGAGCACGGGCAGAGCAAGGCUGCUUUCUCAACGCACAGUUGAGCUUUCGUGAAAGAUUCAGCUCAUAUGGUCUUGUUGCGCGAGUGGGUGAGGUCUCAGACGCAGUUCAUGGGAGUCUGGAGCUGUGAUUUGCAGUGAUCUAGUGUGAACUGGAGCGCUGCAGAGCUCCUCACAGUGGACAGUCAAUUAUAAUGCAUAAAAUGCCUUCACUGUACGCGCAAUCCCGAGCAAGAGUCUCCGCCAACACUCUUCAGCGCUGGCGAAACACGCACUUUUAAAGGGAGUUUACCGUUACAGCAGAAAAGAUGCCCUUCUGCAAGAGGACCAUAGUCCCUAAAGAUGUGUGCAAGAGCGGCGGCAAGAGUCGCGGUGCGAUGUUCACGGAUCUGGUGGAUGUGUGCGGCUUGACUCUGUGCGCGGUGCUCCGGCAGCUGUCGGAUCUGUCCCGUCAGUCGGUGAGCAUCCUGGAGGAGCUGGAGGGAGAGCUCGCCUCCAUCUGCUCCCGCUCCGGAGCUCUGGAGAGUAAACUUAUCAGCCUGCAGAAGCACAUCUCAGCACUGGCCACCAAACCGCCGGCCAAAACCGCCACCAACUUGGACUCGGAGAGCAAACGAACGGCCCACUUCCAAUCGUCAUGGCAACAGCAUGUGAAUGUGUUCGGCUCGUGGAGUAGGCCGGAGUGUGUGCAGGAACUGCACCAGGAGGCUCAGCUGAACCUACAGAGUCUGCUGCAAGAUUUUGAAGAGCAGUUGUAUGAUAACAGAGUGACAGGACAGACAUUCAGACACCCUUCCUCUCAGAGCUCAGAGGACACGUCAACCACCCUCAGCCGAUCCCCUUCUUCACUCAACAACAAGAAGACAGAGUUCGUCUUUGUGCCUGCAAAUAAGCAGGUCUGUGAGGAUGAGACCACAACAUUAGGGGUCCGGGCACAGGACCCAACCCCAUGUGGUUCAGAGAAGUCACUUCUAGGCUGGAAUGCAUCACUGAGUCCACCUGUUGCAGAGAAACCUCGCUGGUACCUGGGCCGACAUACUCCAGCUCACCUUGUGCCCAUUGAGAUCACAGGCCAGUGCUUUGAUAAGCACUCCGCACAGCGCAGCGAACUGCGGGCCCCCUUUAGAACUGAUUCAGCGGUCAACCCAAAGACCGUUCGCCGCCCGAGGAGUGUGAUUGCAGGCCCCGAUGUCACGCUGCACUGCCAAGGUGACAGCAAAAUUCUUGCUGUUGAUCUAAUACAAGGGGCCUGUUCCCCUGGAUCCUCUCAACCCAGAUCUUUGGAGCCAACUACAGAGAACACAGGCCAACAGCAUAUUCCCCUUCGGAAGACCCAGAGUGACCUGGAGUAUAGUGUCCCCCCAUCUCCAAAGACCCCAUCAGGCAUGAUGGAUCAUGCCACUCUGAUGUACCCUAGCCCCUCCUGGAAUGGCCCAAAAGGUUCUACAUUUUCUCCUUCCUGGAAUGACUCUUACAACUAUGCCUUGGUUACCAGCCCUGCUUCCAAGCAACCAGUAUCUAAAACUGGAAUGCUAACACCUGGAGGUGAAGGAGGUGGUCUUAUCUGUCCAUCCCAGACCAGUUCCGGCCUCUCCAUGAGCUCAGGGUCACAUUCCAGCUCUUUCGCCUCCAUCUCGGAACCAUGUGGAAACCGGAUGUAUACAGUGUCUACACAGGGGGGUGGCAUUCCUGUAGGAAAACGGAAUGACACUGAGGGGGCAACUUCCACUGCAGGCAUGGGAAAUAACAAAAGUGAUCAGGAGAAGAGGUCAGUGCGGUCCAAUGUCUUCAGGUUCCGUGAACGUUCACUUUCAACACCAACAGACUCUGGAUCAUUUUGCUCAGCAGAUAAUAUAUGUUCUCCAGGUGAAGCUGUCCCUGUUGUUCCAGAGGGUGAGAAUUAUGCCCUGUUAUAUCCGAGCAACAGCUCCGAGGAUAGCACGAGCACUGAUAAUGUUUCUGUGACCACAGGUUCAGACUUUCUUCCAGAUGGUCGCCUAAGGUCACGCUCACGGAGUAUCUCACUUAAGAAAUCUAAGAAAAAGCCACCACCUCCAGUACGUAGUGUAUCCCUAAUGAAAAACCUAUCAGAGGUUGGAGGAAUGGGCUCCUACCACAGUGAAGGGCACUUCAGAGAUGGUAGACCCAAAAGUCUCUUUAUCCCUCGGGAUCACCAUAUUCAAGAUUCAUUCCAGCCAGAGUUCCUAAUUGUCAAGCCUGAUGAUGACACAGAUCAGGCCCACAGUAGCUUGGAGACAUCUUCUGAUAUUUCUCAGCCUCCUGACAGGGAUACAGAGCUUGGGUUUCCUCCUCACUGGCAGCUUAACGAGUGGAAGUCCAACAAUGAUCCCUACCACUCACUGUCAGGUUCAAGCACAGCCACAGGUACCACAGUUAUUGAGUGCAUGAAGGUGCAAGGUAGCUCAGAAUCCCUAAAUUCACCCUCAACCUCACGAGCUACAUCUCCAUCCCUGCUCUCCAUUGAAGCUGAAACCAAGGUAUACCCCUUCAAGCUCCCAUGCCUCUUGUCCCCAUCCAGUGGCUACUCAAGCCAGUCUGAAACUCCAACCCCAACUAUAUCAAACACCCUCAUCACUGGACCUUCUCCAGUUGGCUGCAAGAUGCGCCCAAAGAUUCCAGAACGUAAAUCUUCCCUCCCAGCUUCUGCAAAGGAUAAAUCACGUUCACGUCUUUCAUUUGAACUACCUGCAAACUCUCAGCUGGAUCUGUCCUCUGUCAAACCCAAGCAGAAAGCCAGCCGACGCCACUCUGACACAUCUACAGCCAACAAACCAGGUAAACUGAGCCCUAGUCAGUCUUCACUGCCUAUGGUCACAACAACAGAAUUGCGAAACAUCCGACUUCGUUCAGUUAGCCGCUCAGAACUUGAGGACAGUCCUGAUGGCUCUUCUGACAUUAUAGAGGAAGAGCAAAGUCGAGAUCUCAGCCCUCCUAUUACUCCUUCUAACACAAAACAGUCAAAGCCACCUGUUGCAACGAAGCCACCUCUACCUAAACGACCCAUGAACUUGAUGCUUAAAUCUCCCUCAUCCUCCCCUCUGGCACCUGAAUCUCCUCCAUCAUCCCCUGUGGACCGACCCAUGCCUGUGGGUAACAUCUAUAUGGUUGUAAGAAAGCCCAAACCUAAGAGACCAGCUCAGUCAUCACUCAGCACACCUGCAAUAGCCCCACAAGAGCCACUCCAUUACCAUGUACCUCAUCUUCCUGAGUUUGAUCUGGAGCAUGGGAUUCCUAUUGAAGAAGAUCUACCGUCCCCAAGUAGCCCAGAGAGAGAGGACAAAAGUAAGACUCUUCCAAGUAGAAUGACGAUAUCCUGUUUAGCGGAAUUAGACAAAAGGAAGCCCAAGGUGCCUCCUCCGGUGCCAAAAAAACCCAAUGUCCUUCUUCUGCCCUCUCCAAGCAUCCAGACCAAUGGUGGUGCAGAAAGGCAAACUCUACUCUCCGACAGCAUCUCCCAGUCACCUACAGGUCCAUCAGCAUCUGACAUUGAGGGUGAUUUGCUUAAAGAUGAAGAUCAAGAUGAUCAUGCAAGGGAUCAUGCAAACUUUAAAAAUUCAGAAAGUUGUGCGACCUUUGGAAAUCAAGAGAAUGUUGUGGUAGCUGAAGAGGACAGUUCAAAAGAUUCAGAUUCUCUUCAAAUUACAGAGAGAGAGGCACCUCCAACAGAGACAGUAACAGAAACUUAUGCAGAAUCAGAAAUACUGGAAGAGAACAACUCUGCAGCUGACAAGACUGAACUACACAUAACAGAGGAAACAGACGAUGAUGUUUUUGUCAACACAGCCACAGCUCACACCACUGAGGACCUCUUCACCAUCAUACACAGGUCAAAGAGGAAAGUUCUUGGUCGCAAGGAACCAACGGAUUCUUUUGGAAGCAGGCAGUGUCUGGUCUCACCUGUGAAAAGCAGUAGCACAGACCUCCGAACUCUGGGCCUCAGCACCACUCCUAGGGCAAGCUCACGAAAUGAGAACUUUAUGGCUCUUCUCCAGAAGAGAAGCAACAAAGCCAGCAGCGGGACCAGAGUUUCUGCCAUGGAGUUGCUGAAGAGCACAAACCCCUUGGCACGACGAGUUACUGAGUUCUCUCAGUCACAGCCAGAUGGGAGUGCAACAAACACACCAAAACCAGCUCCACAGGACCAGUGAUUCCACUUGUAGAGAACUACAUGGUGGAUAUCAAUAUGGCUGGUUUUCCGUUACACUCCACUGCCCAUCUAAAUGGUUUAAUUUACAAAGACCACAUGCUGAAGGAAAUUAAGUGGGUUUGAGUUGUUGCUUUCAGACAAGGGGAUAUCAUUCUGAUGAUGUUAGAUUUUUGUGGAGUAUAGUCAGUUUUAAGGGAAACUGAGCCCACCACUGAUACAAAAUUCUGGCCUAUAAAUCUGCUAUUCUGGAAAUAUAAAUGCGAUGACUAAACUCUUGAAUGGAAACUGACAUGAAGAAAUAUUUUCAGACUGUUCACUAUUUUAGGAGCCCAGCCUAUAUUUGUGGCCAAAGCCUGCUCUGCCCACUUCAGUGGUGGACUUGAAAGUGUCUUAGUAGGAUAAUUGUUGAAAUAGACUGCACAAACUCACACAGAGAGAGGAGUGUAUGACACAAGUCUGAAUAACAUUCCACAAAGGUUGUAAGCAAGGUCUGGUACCCCUUAAAAUUAAGCACUUUCACCAGUACAGGAACUAGUUUACAAGACAAAAGCUAUAUUUGUUAUUUUCCAUUGUUUAUUUUUCGUUUUAUUUUUUCCAAAAAUAUGAAAGGCCAUAUAAAUGUCUUCUUGAAUUUAUUUAAUCUUUAAAAAAACAACAACAACGAUGUAUACUAUAUAUAUAUAUAUAUAAGAAAACGUAACUGCUUGAUCAAAGACACAACAGACAAAAAGCUGUCUAUAUAUGUGACUAUUCUUGGGAAACUGCCUAUUAUUUUAUAAGCUCACAGCACACAAGGGAUUGAAGUGAUCAUAUGGAAUCAUCAUAAUGCAAUACAUCUGAACCCACAUCUAGAGAUCUUCACACACUGCCAAAAGUGUAAAUAGACAGCAUAUAGUUAUGCUUGUGCACAACGUACAACAAAAAUCUAAAUUGUCAUAAGACAAAACCUUUGAAAAGAACAUUUGUGGACAGUACAGAAGAGAACAGAAAGUGAUGGUUCAUGGGAGGGACAUUAGACCACAGAAGAAGGUCCAGUAAGAGCUACUAGGUGGUUUGGUUCUGGCUGUCCCUUGUGUCAGAUCUGUCCAUGGUUUCUUUACAACUCAGGAAACCCAUCAUGGCUACCAGUCCAAGUGUAAAAUCUCAAACUAGGCAGGUGAUUUACUGAGGCCUAUGGAUGGUUAAAAAGAUGACCGAAUUCAUAUAUCUCUCCACAUUUUUUUCCAGAAAAACCAGACACUCAUGACCACAAUUCCAGAUCAUCUCUCAAGACAUAAGUACAUUCAAAUCCAAGUGCAAAGCUUCUCACUUUAUGUCCAUUUCAGACUAUGCAUCAAAGAUGAAUCAGACUUGCCCUUCUGUUGGCACUGGCAAUGAAUGCCUGUGAAUGUUAGAAAAGGGUGAGGCAGAGCUUAACAGUGUUAUGUUUAGAUUAGAAUUUUUGACCAAAAAGAACAUAAUAGAAAAUUAAUUUUUUAAUGAUUGCCCUCCACGAAACUGCAUUGUAGAUCGACAUUUCGAAUGCACAAAGACUUUGUAGACUUUGAUCAAAUGUGGUAAUUCACUCAAGGACUUGAGAAGGUCACCUGUGGUAAACUGAUCAUCAUCCUUCAUUAAGGGAAUAUUUUGGAAACUACUGCAGACGGAGAGACUGAGAUUUCAGAAACUGCUUCUUCUUACCAUUCCAUAUGAAGCUCCCCUUCCUAAUGUGACUGUUCUUCUGGCUCCCAAUCAGACAAUGGACAGAAACCUGGUGCUACUGAGCCGGAGCGCCCUCAGCAGUCCAGGAGAGGAUGUGCGUGGCAAAAACCUGUUCUAAGUCUGGAACAAGAUCGAGAUGGAUCUUGUCUUGAUGUUCAUCUUCUCAGACUAGUCCUUCAGGUAUUCAGACAAUAUGAAAAGCGUUAAAGUGAAAAAAAAAAGUGACAGAAUACCACCACAUUAAAAUAGUGUGUGACACUUGUUUUAAAUAUUUAGUGAAUGAAAAAAAAGUCUGACAACCAGUGUUUAUUUGCCUUGUAUUCUGGCGUGAAGCCUCUGUGUUUUUAAAUGCCUUGGUAUUGCACUUCCGUAGAAGUAUGCAGAGUUUCUUUUACUCUUUUUAGGAUUUACUACUAUAAUAUUUAUCACUACUCUUGUGUACUCUGUGCUUAACCCUAUCAAUGUCAACAGUACUCUCACAGGUACAAGUAAGAGAGAGAAGGAGGACAGUGGAAAGAGAUGGUAUUAUAUGGGCAAAACAAAUGGAACUCAAGAAAUGUACCUUAGUGGACUGUUAGAAACCUUUUGCAUCAAUAAUGUAAAUCCCAGAGAGGGGAGACAAGUAUCCAUUGGAGAGACAUACAGUAUAUAUGUAUAAUGAUCACAUUAGAAGUGUUUGACAAACUGACCCGAAAAACCAAUUCCUCUCUAGUUUCACUGGCUUCACUCCAGCCAUUUCUUUCCUCGCAUAGCCGAUAGUGAUUCAUUCUGAAUCCCAUUUCGGUACACAGAAGAGAGUCAAAUGUGCCAGCUAAAGGAGAAAAAAGGGAGUCCAGAGCAAGUUUGUUAACAACCAUCUGGUUGCUGUCAAGCAUAACCAUUGACUUUUAAUCAAUUCUUGACAUCACAAGCUGACAACUCCUUGUAUUACACACGGGACUUGGGUUUUUGUCACAAUUUACAGUACAUGCAUGAUAAGACUGAGCAUAGUAGUCCUUUCUCAGAUUGCCAGAAUGGAAAAAGCUUUAAAAUGGUCAGAUUGUCCUUGUUGGGAAUAAAAGAAAGAUAUGGUGGGAAGGCAAGAUAAUAAUGAGAAUUAUAUUUUUGUUAUUUUUUCCUUGGAAAGACAUAUUUUAAAAUGUGCAUAUUAUAGACCUCACCCUCCAGCAGAAAUGACGGUUGCUGUGAGAUCUCUAAUCAGCUGAAGUAUGUAUUGCCUGUGUGGUAAAAGGUAUAUCAUUCAAAUAAAUUAUUUUUCUUGCAUAACAGUC